UCUGUGAAAAUCAGAGGAUCUUCAUCUCUUCGACAUUGAUCUUCGAAGUUGAAAAGAGUCUUAAAGGGAAUCGGAGUGGUGAUCUCCGAUCAGGAUGAUGUUGGAUCUAGGUCCAUUCUCAGAUGAGAAAUUCGAUGCGAAGCGUUGGGUUAACUCGUCGUGCCAAGCGCGUCACCCGCAGGAUUCGCUAGAGAAACAUCUUGUGGAUCUGGAAAUGAAGCUUCAGAUUGCCUCCGAGGAGAUCGGAGCUUCACUUGAAGAGCAGAGCGGAGGCGCUCUCCUUCGUGUUCCUCGCGCUACACGCGACGUGUUGCGUCUCCGUGAUGAUGCCGUGUCUCUUCGUGGUUCUGUUGCUGGAAUCCUCCAGAAGCUCAAGAAGGCAGAGGGUUCUUCAGCAGAGUGUAUAGCUGCACUUUCUAGAGUGGAUAGUGUCAAACAGAGAAUGGAGGCUGCCUACAAAACACUACAGGAUGCUGAUGGGUUAACUCAGUUAAGCUCGACGGUUGAGAGUGUUUUUAACAGUGGCGAUCUUCCUCGUGCUGCAGAAACUCUUGCCAGCAUGAGAAAUUGUUUAUCUGCCGUUGGAGAGGUUGCAGAAUUUGCUAAUGUUAGAAAGCAACUAGAGGUCUUGGAAGACAGGCUGGAAAAAAUGGUGCAGCCACGUCUUACCGAUGCAUUAACAUAUCACAAGGUUGAUGUCGUUCAAGAUUUGCGAGGAAUUCUAAUCCGGAUUGGGAGAUUCAAGUCUAUGGAAUUGCAAUAUUCAGAAGUCCGUCUAAAGCCAAUUAAGCAACUCUGGGAAGAUUUUGACACAAAGCAAAGGACCAACAAGCUUGCCAAUGAGAGAAGUGAAAGUCAAAGGUUGUCUAGCGGUGAUGAGUUUCAAUUGACAUCAUCUCAGACAUCAUUUGCCAGUUGGCUGCCAAGCUUUUACGACGAAAUGCUACUUUAUCUUGAGCAGGAGUGGAAAUGGUGUAUGGUUGCCUUCCCUGAUGACUACAUGACUCUCGUCCCAAAGCUGUUGGUUGAGACCAUGAGGGUACUGGGGGCUAGUUUUGUUUCUCGUGUUAACCUUGCAACAGGAGAUGCUGUUCCUGAAACGAAAGCACU